AUGAGCUCUGACGGCGAGAAGGUUCGCGCCUCUGGCGAGACCCCGCGCGAGACUCUGCCCACCGUCAACCCGGCGGCGGAGAAGCAGGAGGCCCCCAAGGCCGCGUUCCACCCCGCGGUCUACGUGAGUGUCUGGAUCACUCUCAGUUCCUCCGUCAUUCUGUUCAACAAACACCUUCUCGACUACGCCAACUUCCGUUUCCCCAUCGUCCUCACAACAUGGCAUUUGACCUUCGCGACCAUCAUGACCCAGCUUUUGGCUCGCACCACCACCGUCCUGGACGGCCGUAAGUCCGUCAAGAUGACCGGCCGGGUUUACCUGCGCGCAAUUGUCCCCAUUGGUCUCAUGUUCAGUCUGAGCUUGAUUUGCGGUAACAUGACGUAUCUGUACCUGAGCGUUGCCUUCAUUCAAAUGCUGAAGGCCACCACCCCCGUUGCUGUGCUCCUCGCGACCUGGGGUAUGGGCAUGGCCCCCGUCAACUACAAGACCCUUGCAAACGUUUCGAUCAUCGUCGUUGGUGUCAUCAUUGCCUCAUUCGGUGAGAUCAAGUUCGUGCUCGUUGGUUUCCUGUUCCAGCUGGGCGGUAUCGUCUUCGAGGCCACCCGCCUGGUUAUGGUGCAGCGCCUGCUCAGCUCCGCCGAGUACAAGAUGGACCCCAUGGUGUCCCUGUACUACUUCGCCCCCGUCUGCGCAGUGAUGAACGGUGUUGUGGCUCUGUUCAUAGAGUUCCCCCGUUUGACCAUGGACCACAUCUACGGUGUCGGCAUCUGGGUUCUGCUUGCCAACGCUAUGGUGGCCUUCCUGCUGAACGUCUCCGUGGUGUUCCUGAUUGGAAAGACCUCGUCCCUGGUCAUGACCCUGUGUGGUGUCCUGAAGGAUAUCCUGCUAGUGGCCGCCUCCAUGUUCCUCUGGAGCACUCCCGUCUCGGGCCUGCAGUUCUUCGGCUACUCGGUGGCUCUAAUUGGUCUGGUCUACUACAAGCUCGGUGGUGACAAGAUCCGGGAGUACACUGGUCAGGCCAAUCGCGCCUGGGUCGAGUACGGCAACACCCGCCCCGCCCAGCGCAAGUUCGUCAUUUUCGGCGCUGCGGCUCUCAUCCUCUUCCUCUUUGUGGGCUCGAUGGCCCCCAGCUACGCUCCCAGCCAGGUCGACCGCGUCAAGGGCAUGCUGGGCGGCGCCACCGCGGGCAACGCUUAA